AGUUUUGUUGACGAGAGAAAAAAUACGAGGAUAGGUCGGAUAGGUGCAGCAAAUUUAAUUUGGCUCGGAAACGUCGCGGAAUUUCAUUGCGCGAGACACGUAGCUUGGGGCCUGUUGCGCCAUGUCGGCGACGAGGAAUUGUCUGGUACAUCCCGCCGAGCUGUGAGUGAACGUCGAUCGUUUUGGUACGAGCACGCUUCGUCUCUGGCAGUGAAAGUAGUGGUGCCUGUGGUGGUUGGCCCGGUCGUCCUGCAGAAAGAAGCCCGCCGCCCGCGCUCUGCGAGAGGGCUCGAGGGGCAUGGUGGUGACAUCAGAGAACCCGAAAGGGGCGUCGGCCUCUUCGAGCAACGAUGAAGGCGGCAGCACAAGCGGCCAGCAGGACGGCAGCUUCGAGUGCAACAUCUGCCUAGACACAGCCAAGGAUGCUGUGGUCAGUCUCUGCGGCCACCUGUUCUGCUGGCCGUGCCUGCACCAGUGGCUGGAGACACGGCCGAAUCGCCAGGUGUGUCCAGUGUGCAAGGCCGGCAUCAGCCGAGACAAGGUGAUCCCCCUGUACGGCAGGGGUGGCUCCAAACAGGACCCCAGGGAGAAAUUGCCACCUCGACCACCGGGACAGAGAUCUGAACCAGAAAGUCACCCUGGGUCUUUCACAUCUUUUGGCUUCGGAGACACUGGCUUUCACAUGUCGUUUGGAAUUGGUGCCUUUCCCUUCGGCCUGUUUGCUUCCACCUUCAACUUCGGUGACGGCCGUCCUCCACCAACUAUGGGCAGCCAAGAGCACCGCCAGGACCAGAUUGUGUCCCAGGUGUUCCUCUGGGUGGCCUGCAUUUUCCUGGUGUGGCUGAUCAUCGCGUGAUUGGUUCCCGCUGCCACGAACGCCAGCUGCACCGCUCCCAGCCACAAGAGUCUCGGAGAAUGAUACUUCUGAACCGCCUCUCUCAUUGGACUGGUCUCCCUGGAGCUGCAGCGGUCGGAAAACUUGCGUGUCUGUUUCAACGAAGGCCCCUCGGGGUUCCCUCCUUCCCCUGCACCUUUAUCUCUGCUCCUUUUUGUAUGUCUGCCGCAGGUUGUGGCGACUUUCGGAGGCCCAGUUUCGGUACUCGGCCAUCCUAUGCUGUCGCAGUUAUGCGCGUGUGAUGGGCCUACUUCCUAGGCACUGAAGACUGGAUACAUGCUGCUGCCUCCGGGGUUGGUAGGCAAAAGCACGCGGCAUCUUGCAGAUGACAAAAGUGGCCUCAGCUCUCUCUCUCUGUCUGCCGAGGCUCUCUUCCUAGCUGUCUGUUGACAAACAAGGCCGUUGUGCAGGAAGACCAGAAAUGCAAUCGUCGAGUUGGGGUAACAAAGGGGCGGGCAUAGUAUUUGUGUAACGUUGGCUGUUUUGCUCUCAUCAUGUCAAACUUUGUUUUCUUAGUGCAAAGAGACAGCCUUAAAAGAAAGUAUAGAAAAGAGAAAACAGCUUUACUGAUCAAGAGGUGUGUGCCUGACGUGAUUUGUGUGUGCGCGAUUUUUCUGUUAGGCUUGCUGCAAUGACGACGGGUAGCUGGCUGGGCUGCUUUCCUUACUUUUUUUUUUUUUUCUGCGAGUUAAGGACAAUGAAAAGUAACUGCUCGUGCAUAGUUUGGUUUCUGUUUUUCUUUUGUUUCUCUUCCUUGAAGAUUCUUUUUUUUUUUUUUUACCGGGACAUUUCUGCACCUCUUGCCGACAUUCCUUCUUACCUGUGGCAGAGGCCAAGUUCUUUCAGGCCUUUGUGCCAUUCUACAAUAGCCACAGUAGGCCCUCUGUGUUGCUACUGGACACUGUGAAACACCAAGGCAGUUGCAUUGGGGUUGCUAUUUUGUAAUAAUACAUAUUGUGUAUACACGGAGUGGAAGUGUGUUCUGCACUGCUUUUUCAGUGCAGUUGUUCUCGUUUCUCUGGCUGUGCUUGUCAACUGUGUGUAAAUAAACGGCCCUGUUGUAAAAUACGUGGUAAAUGGAAGAUAUUUACAGCAGAAAAAAAAAUGUUUUUUUAAGUUCUUGUAGCCAUGGGAGUCAUUGGUUUCUUGUAAUUAGAAAUUGUUGGAUUUUAAACUGCUCACGUUUUAUAUGUACAUUUCUUUCGUUCUUUGGGAAAUAAAGAAACAAAGACCA